AUGGCAGAGACUGAUGCGGAGAGGCCCGCCGCGGUCGUCAGGAAGAAAGGUCCGACCGCGCCGUUAGGUCCAGAGGCUGCAGCCCUCAAAAAGAGGCAGCAAGAGGCCAACCAGCAGUAUGGCAGAGGCAAAGCGGUGUCGUUGGAAAAUAUCAGAGACAAGAAGCUGCGCGGCGAACUCAAGGCACUGGAAGCAAAGUACAGGGAAGCGACGCUCAAGGCGAAAGAUGCUGAGAUUCUGCUGGAGAACAGCUCGGGCUUCCUCGAGCCAGAAGGCAAGCUUGAACGCACCUACAAAGUGCGCCAGGAUGACAUAAAAAGCGACAUAGCCGUGGAGACCGCAAAGAAAGGUUUUGAGUUGAAGCUCACAGAACUGGGUCCGUAUUCACACGACUACUCGAGGAAUGGCCGGAAUCUGUUGCUCGCUGGUCGCAAAGGGCACGUAGCCACCAUGGACUGGCGUAGCGGGAAGCUGGGCUGCGAGUUGAACCUUGGUGAGACUGUUCGCGAUGCGAAGUGGUUGCACAACAAUCAAUACUUCGCGGUCGCGCAGAAGAGAAACGUGUACAUAUACGAUCACCACGGUGUCGAAAUCCACAACCUGGAUCAGCAUGUUGAAGCGACCCACAUGGAAUUUCUGCCAUACCACUUUCUGCUUUCGACGAUUGGUAAAGCAGGCUGGCUCAAAUGGCAAGACACGAGUACCGGCAAGCUCGUCGCUCAGGUUAGCACAAAGCAAGGCACGCCCACCACGUUGGGGCAGAAUCCUUACAAUGCGAUCAUGCAUGUCGGUCAUCAGAAUGGUACGGUGUCACUGUGGUCGCCGAAUAGCACCACUCCCUUGGUGAAGAUGCUGUGUCAUCGUGGCCCGGUGCGCUCUUUGGCAAUAGAUCGGGAAGGAAGAUAUAUGGUCAGCACUGGCCAGGACUUGAAAAUGGCCGUCUGGGACGUGCGCAGCUUCAAGCCGGUGCACGAAUAUUUCCUUCGUCAGCCUGGCUCGAGUGUGGCAAUAAGCGAUCGAAACUUGACAGCUGUUGGCUGGGGUACGCAGACCACUGUCUGGAAAGACUUGUUUACCAAGAGUCGAUCCGACAUCGACCAAGUCAAGGUUCAGUCUCCCUACAUGGCUUGGGGUGGCGAGGGGCAAACCAUUGAACGUGUCCGCUGGUGUCCUUUUGAGGAUAUCUUGGGCGUAAGUCACAAUGAGGGAUUCUCGUCCAUCAUAGUUCCGGGCGCUGGAGAAGCCAACUUCGAUGCACUGGAACAAAAUCCAUACGAAAACUCGAAGCAACGACAAGAAGGCGAAGUCAAGGCUCUCUUGACCAAACUUCAGCCGGAGAUGAUCAGCUUGAAUCCCGAGAAUGUUGGCAACCUAGAUACGGCCUCCCACGAACAGCGACAGCGGGAGAAGGAUCUUGACAGGAAGACUGGAGCCGAAGCUGAGAAGGACCGGAUCGAGCAGCUCAAGAACCGUGGUCGCGGAAAGAACAGUAGUUUGCGCAAGCAUCUCCGCAAGAAGGGGAACAAGAACGUCAUCGAUGAGCACAAGAUGCGUGUAAUAGAACUUCGUGAGAAGCAGAGACAACAGGCCAAGGAGGCAAGAGAGGGAAAGCAGAUUGAACAGCUCGGACCAGCGCUCUCCAGAUUUGCACGCAAAGGUGGCUGAAAAUCGGGUACCUGGACGGAACAGCUUUUUAUACCCACUCAUGGGACAAGUCUUGGAGACCUGAAUGUGUCUUGGCAUACCGUAAAGGGUGGUAGGGCAGAAUCGCCGUCGCAUGUUCCACGGUAAAGCCCCAGCCAUGAUGACCGAGGAGCGGAAAUCGCAACGUCUCUUGGGUGUAACGUCGCAAGGCUCGUACAAGGCUCUGCUGAGCUUCAAAGAAAGUAGGAACUGGAGCCGCGAUGGAUUAUUAUCUGGUUGGACAAAAUGCACGUGUCGCUUUCGAGAGGCGACGAAUACAGGACAUUUAUAUGUGCAUGGAGAAAUCCUUCCAUUGUAGCUGGGCCAUAAU